AUGGAAUUGCAGCGGAAUAAAAACCUCGAUAAAAAUCUCGAUUUAACAAAAAUUUUCAAAGAUUUCCUUCGAAUCGGCUGCGAAUAUCAACUAAAAAUUUCCGGUCAUUGGAUUUUCGGGUCUGAAUUCCGCUGGAAUAUUCGCAGCAUCAUUACUUGGAUCGAUGCCAUCGCAUUUUUGUGCAUAGGUUUAACUAAUAUUUGGACUCUUCGGCAGGAUAUGAAGUCAGUGUGUUACUGUUUGGUCACCUAUGGCUAUGGCAUCACGGGCUCCCUUCUUUGGUUCAACAUUAGACGGCAUCGAGACAUUUUUAAGGAUAUUUUUGAUACAAUUUGUCGUUUUGGAGAGACUUUGGAACGUGACCCCGACGAAAAUGACGAGGAAAUUCGAUUAUAUUUGAAAUACGGAAAAUUGUGCAAAACUAUUGGCAUCGGAAUUGUACUUUUUUGGGUUAUAUCUGGAGUUAUUCUCGUUCUGUAUCCAGUUUUUGUCUAUUUUUACAAUGGUUCAGUUGUGUUACCUUUUGAAUUGCUCAUUCCCGGCUUGAGUUCAACCCAAAAUCCGGGUUACUUCAUAACUUUAUGUUAUCAAUAUUUGCAAUUGGUUAUUGCGGUUCCAGGAUAUUCGGCGCAUUUAAAUUUAUUUUUCUUGUAUGUCAUGAUGGCUUGCUUUCAAAUCGAUUUAAUGAGCAUCAAAUUAACGAAACUCAAUGAAGCAUUAGUCAAAAGCACGGAAAUUGACGAAAAAAUUAUAAAAAUCACAAAAUUAUAUCAGGAUUUAAUGAUUUACAUCGGGAAACUUGAAAAACUCUUCAAAACGCAAACUUUUGUGGAUUUCGUCAUUUAUACCUUCGCCAGUGUCAUGACUUUGUACGUCAUUGUAAAAUUUGAUAAUUACUGGAUCAUUGGAUACGCGUUAGAAGCAACAAUUAUUUUUAUGCUUUUUAUUCCGAGUCUCUUUGGAACGAUGAUUGAAGUCAUGAACAAUCGCCUCGUCGUGAGAAUUUAUCAGGUUUCGUGGUAUUUAUUGAAACCCAGAGAACGGAAAUCUUUUAGAUUUUUGCUCGAAUAUGCUCAAAAUGGAACAAUGCUCAGUUGUGGCGGAUAUUUUCCUCUGAAUUUGGUUCUUUUUCAGUCGACUUUCAACAGAAUUUACUCGUAUUUGAUGUUUUUAAUGGACACGUCGGAAUAA